AUAUAAAAAGUAAUAAUAAACCAACCAGUAAAAAAGAGCAGGAAAUACCUCGUUCCUUCUUUGCUGCGUCUCUGCCUCCAUUGCUUUGCUGCGGUUUCAACCUCUUCUUUUCAAAGCCUUCAAUUUGGUUGCUGACACUAUCUCAACCUGAAUCUUUUUCGCUGCGAGUUCAAACAAGACUUGUUGGAAUUGAAAAUCCACCGAGGGAAACGAAACAGGUUGAACAUGCACUGUUCGUUGUAGCAGCACUAAGUACUAGGUAUCAGCAUCAUUGAUAUUAAUAUGGAUAAUACAGCACCCUUUCAAAGUUUUCUUCAGGUUCUUCCCCCUGUUGAUUUUGCAUGUGUUUAUGGAUCAUCUCUUCAUCCAACCAAGCAUGACAAGACAACCAUGAUUGAUUAUAUUCUUGGCGUGUCUGAUCCCAAACAAUGGCAUUCUGAGAAUCUGAAAUUGAACAAGCAUCACUAUGCAUCAUGGAUGGUGCACCUUGGUGGAGAAAGGCUGAUUACCGAUGUUGCAGAUAGAAUUGGUGUGGGAGUACAUUUCAACGCUUUUGUUAAUUGGAACGGAAAGAUGUUCAAGUAUGGGGUUGUUCGAAUGCAUGACUUACUUCGAGAUGUUCAGUAUUGGGAAAAAUUCUACUUGUGUGGUAGAUUACAGAAACCAGUUCAUAUUGUUGUUGAUAAUUUGGACAUAAGCAACAUCAAUUCCGAUAACCUGCGAGCUGCGUUGUCAGCUUCUCUUCUCCUGCUUCCAUCAGAAUUCACAGAGGCUGAUCUGUAUGCUAAAGUUUGUAGUCUUUCAUAUAUGGGUGAUGUGCGCAUGUUAUUUGCUGAGGAUAAAAAUAAGGUGAAGAAGAUUGUAACUGGGCAGUUUGAUCUAUUUCAUACGAUGUAUAAGCCAUUUCUUGAAGAAUAUGAGGCUAAGAAGUUCUUGAAGCUUUCGUCCACUGUCAAUGACCAAAUACAAGUCUCUCAGGAUUGUGACUUAUCAGUUUCUUGCUCUCUAGUUUCUGCUCUUCCUCCAUCAAUCAGAAGCCAGAUGUGCAUGAAGCAAGGAGGGGAUAUGAAAUCAAGUCAAACUGGUAGAAUCAUAAAUGAUACCAAAAUUAGAUCAAGAGAAGGGGAUGCAAAUUGCUUGCAGAGAAUUCUGAGGCGAAAGGUAAUGGUUUCGAGUGCAAGGCAGGCCAUAUCUGGCUUACUGGCUGUUGGUGGGGUAAACGCUACCAGAUAUGUUGCUAACAAAGUUAACAAAGCCUGGAAGUCAUGGAGAUGAAUUUUGUGGUAUUAACGAUCUUUGACAUAUAUGGUUUUGUUGCUCAGAUAUUGACCUGGGGAAGUUUAUAACAUUACUUGUUCUCUGACCAUUUUUCUGUGUGCAAUUUUCCCUCGGCAUGCCGUUAUCUUUUUUUUGAAUAGGUAAAUGUUAAUACAUUAGUUGUUAUAUUAACAUUUUCUCUUUCUUGAGGAUUUGAA